CAAGUGGGUAAUGUGUUUUAGUAGAAUGUAAUGCAGUUUCCGGGACUACAGAGGCAGUGUUUGAAGUUAACGCGGGCAAUUCUUUUUUUUGUGUCAACAACGUCUUCGGCCUUGUAAACAUCGAUAUAUAUUUUUCACGAAAUAAGGAUACGUGUAUAUGUUAACUUGAUGGCAAAUAAAACACUCCUUUUUCACUAACUGUGAGAAAUGGCGGUCGGGCUGUACUAUGCUAGCUAGACCGAUUUCUUAUCACGCUAACGGGCUAAAUACAUUUUGUCUACACGGACAGAAAUGGACUCCAAAUACCCAAAUCUGACGAGACCUCAGAAGCGCCGGUACUUCUCCAUUAAAACGAGUGCAUCAACCAUGAAGGGAAAUGCCGAACUGGACAUUGAUGACUCCAAUACUUGGUUCAAAAACUUGGAUUCUCCCUCUGAUUUUGGGGAAGAGCUUCCCCCUCUGCCUCCCUCUCCGACCUUCACCCCUGUAGAGAAGGAGGAGAAGACUGGUAACCCUGUAGAGAAGGAGGAGAAGACUGGUAACCCUGUAGAGAAGGAGAGGAGAGAACCAUCAUCAGUUCCAGAGACUGGUGAAGUGGUGCCCCAAGGAGAAGAGAUGCACAAGGAGGGGAGAGCAGAGAGCACUUUUCUGGAUACUGAGAGCCCGUUUAAAAAGCACGCUCCCAUCAAGACCUCCAGCCCCAUGAAGCGGCAGGAGGGGGAUGAGGACAAGGACAGAACAGCCUCUCCAUUGCUGUUGACCUGUGAUGAUGAUGAUGAUGAUGAUGAAGAUGACCACGGCCCUGUAAAGCAGCCUAUCACUGCCCUGACACCACAGUGCAACAGACAAGCAGCAGACGGGGGAUAUGAUGCAGUGCUGGACUCUCCUCCCUGUCGGUUUUCUGUCGGCAAACAAAAGACGCCAUCUCGCAGUGUGCCGAAGAAGGAAGAGACGCCUUGGAAGUUGACUCUGUCCCUGUGCAGCAUAGUGCCAGAGCCAGAAGAGCCUCCCCAAACAAGCCCGUGUCCAGCAGUAGAACCCAAAGAACAACCAGUACCAGGGAAGAAGAGUCUGGCCCGACCUUCAGAGAAGAAGAGUCUGGCCCGACCUUCAGAGAAGGAGAGUCUGGCCCAGCCCUCAGAGAAGGAGAGUCUGGCCCAGCCCUCAGAGAAGGAGAGUCUGGCCCAGCCCUCGGAGAAGGAGAGUCUGGCCCAGCCCUCGGAGAAGGAGAGUCUGGCCCAGCCCUCGGAGAAGGAGAGUCUGGACAAGCCCUCGGAGAAGAAGAGUCUGGCCCAGCCCUCGGAGAAGAAGAGUCUGGCCCAGCCCUCGGAGAAGAAGAGUCUGGCCCAGCCCUCGGAGAAGAAGAGUCUGGCCCAGCCCUCGGAGAAGAAGAGUCUGGCCCAGCCCUCGGAGAAGAAGAGUCUGGCCCAGCCCUCGGAGAAGAAGAGUCUGGCCCAGCCCUCGGAGAAGAAGAGUCUGGCCCAGCCACCGGAGAAGAAGAGUCUGGCCCAACCACCAGAGAAGAAGAGUCUGGCCCAACCACCAGAGAAGAAGAGUCUGGCCCAACCACCAGAGAAGAAGAGUCUGGCCCAACCACCAGAGAAGAAGAGUCUGGCCCAGCCUUCAGAGAAGAAGAGUCUGGCCCAGCCUUCAGAGAAGAAGAGUCUGGCCCAGCCUUCAGAGAAGAAGAGUCUGGCCCAACCACCAGAGAAGGAGAGUCUGGCCCAACCACCAGAGAAGGAGAGUCUGGCCCAACCACCAGAGAAGGAGAGUCUGGCCCAGCCACCAGAGAAGGAGAGUCUGGCCCAGCCACCAGAGAAGAGGAGUCUGGCCCAGCCACCAGAGAAGAAGAGUCGGGCCCAACCACCAGAGAAGAAGAGUCGGGCCCAACCACCAGAGAAGAAGAGUCUGGCCCAGCCUUCAGAGAAGAAGAGUCUGGCCCAGCCUUCAGAGAAGAAGAGUCUGGCCCAGCCACCAGAGAAGGAGAGUCUGGCCCAACCACCAGAGAAGAAGAGUCUGGCCCAGCCACCAGAGAAGAAGAGUCGGGCCCAGCCACCAGAGAAGAAGAGUCGGGCCCAGCCACCAGAGAAGAAGAGUCGGGCCCAACCACCUGAGAAGAAGAGUCGGGCCCAACCACCUGAGAAGGAGAGUCUGGCCCAACCACCAGAGAAGGAGAGUCUGGCCCAACCACCAGAGAAGAAGAGUCUGGCCCAGCCUUCAGAGAAGAAGAGUCUGGCCCAGCCUUCAGAGAAGAAGAGUCUGGCCCAACCACCAGAGAAGGAGAGUCUGGCCCAACCACCAGAGAAGGAGAGUCUGGCCCAACCACCAGAGAAGGAGAGUCUGGCCCAACCACCAGAGAAGGAGAGUCUGGCCCAACCACCAGAGAAGGAGAGUCUGGCCCAACCACCAGAGAAGGAGGCAACACCGGAAAGGAAAGCCACAUCCUCCUUCCUCCAGAAGCUGAGAGAGGCUGGUCAGUCCAAGCCUGCCUGGAAAGCCCUGGCGUCUCCAGUGAGAGAAGCUCCUCUCACCGACCUGGAGGAUGACUUCCUGAUCCUGGAGGACGAUGGUCCUUCCUGGUUCUCCCUUCGCAGGAAGACUGACCCCAACAGGACCACAGCCACACCUCAACCGCAGCAGAAGGACCAAUCACACAGCAAUAAUGACGCCUCAGCUGACACACUCACCAAGGCCAGCCAAUCAGAGAAGGAUACAGCCAAGCUGAGAUCAGGAGGGACUGCUGAAGUGAAAACUAAAGAGAAGAAUGCUACUGGAGGCUCCUCCCUCAUACCUGUCCUCACCAAGUCUACAGCCAGGAAGAAGAGGGACUCAAGUCCCCAGGGUGAUGGGCCUGUCGAGGUAGACCACAUAGAACAAGACCUGAAGAAGAAGGUCAACAACCCAUUAUCUGAACCAACGACAGCAGGUUACCUGGAACCAGGAAGAGGGGCUAAGCCUAAACCCAGCCAAUCAAAAGCCCGCACCAAAACAGAAAAGAAAGUUCCCAGAAUAUCUCAAUUCCAAGCUGGUAUCCAAGGUAACAAGGUGAACCCCAAGACGAGCCGAGGACGAGGCCUGCAGUCUGGGAAGACCAGGAGACUGUCAGCUGGAGCUGGGGAGGAGCCCGUCAGCAUGGGGGAGGAGAGUGAAGCUGCUUCAGACCAGGAUGUUUCACCAGUUCUACAGUUGGCACCGACAGGACAGAGACGAGUCAAGGUCCCAGCCAAUCGUAAAGCCAAGGAGGUCGGCCCCUCCCCUACAGGUGAGGCUGACUCCUCCCAGGCCGGCCAGCUAACCCAGUUAGCAGGGAAGAGGAAGAGGAUCAAGCCUGGUCCCUGGUGGCUCACCAGCCUUUUCAACACACAGGUCACAGAGACAGUCAACACACACACUGCAAACAAGUACAAACACAAUAACAAGAAAACAAAAACCAAACCAGCAAGAUAUUCCUCUGUGGAGUCAGGGCAAGAGGAGGGGACAUCAAGACCCUUGUUUAAUCAGAACGCAAAGAAGAAACCCUCGUCCAAUCAAACCGCAGAAAAUAAACCUUUGUCCAAUCAGACCACAGAAAAUAAACCCUGGUCCAAUCAGACUGCAGAGCAUAAAGCAGAGAAGCCCAAGAGGGGCAGAACUAAGAAGCAAAAGACGACCAGUAGAGAGGAGCCAGCGAGGCCUGAAGGUCAGAGAGAAGAAGAGGAGGCUGAGGCCUCUACGGCAGAGCAGCAGGAGGAGCAACAGGAGCUGGGGGGGCUCAGUCCCAUGCCCAGCCCUCUCAGACAGCAUACACUCACCCCAAGUGAGAAGGUGUUUGACUGGAUCUAUACCCGCCCUCCCAAGUGUAAACCCCAGAGUGACAUUACCCCCCACUCUGCUACCGUUACCCCCAGCAGGCAGGGGCGUCAGGCCAGGGAGGCUCCAGAGAAACGCAGCAGGAGGAGGAAAGCUCCAGGGAACUGGUGGGUCACCAACAACCCCCCAGAGAACGCUGACAGCACCUCUUCAUUCCCUCAACAACCCCUGCCUUACCCCAAGAAACCUUCACCCCCUCAACCACAGCCAAACCCAAAAACUCGCAAGGUGGAGAGAAGUAAGUUCCUUGGACCCCCACAGAAUGGUAACACAGCCUCCUCAACUCGACCUGGAGGAGUUCAGACCCCGCUGAUGAGGAAGGACCUCUCCGCUCCCAAGAUGGUCAAGCGCUCUCUGGCCAGCAUUGGCUCCGUCUUCUCCUCGGGCAGAGGAGCGCUCCCGGUGGCCACGGUCAGAAGCAGCACGCGGCAGACUUUGGGGAGGAAAACUCUAUUCCCUAUAGCGCCUGAGGAGCAGUCAGCCCAGAGCCCCAGCAUCGGCCUCAGCUCUGGGCCAGCUAAUGACCCCUCCCAGGACCCAACCAGUGACAGGAGCUCCAGCCCUGUGGAUCUGAGUGCCAGUACUGUCUGCAUAGAGCCUGUUGGACAGCUGGGGAAAAAGAAGACCAUACACCGAGACUUCUCCCAAAGCAACAACCGAUUCUCAGGCAACACGUUCAAAAGCGGACCGUCUUCCAUGAUUGAACUGGAGGAUUAUGAAGAGAAUGACAACAUCUGUGUCCAGUCGUUCAGAGUGACGCCCCAUCCGUCUGUCCCUCCUGGCAUCGUGCUGUCGGACCCUGAGGCUGUGGCUGAGCUUUGUGCUCCUCCUCUCAGAGCCAUCACACUGCAGCUGGAGGACAAGGCCAACCUCACAGACUGGAUGGCUUUGCUCUGGCCUGCCACUGGGAAACAGGGAGGCCAGAUCAGCCCAGAUCAUUUCCAGUGGUUCUCGUAUCGAGACAGAGCUCUUGGUUACAAGAUGGACCUGCUGGCUGAAACCUUCUCCAAUGGAAAGAUCUUGCUGGGCUCCUACAUGAAGAAACCUCUGCUGGUGGACCACAGCGCCACCACUGUGUAUAACCUCCUAACCAGCUCAGUAACUGUGAAGAUCAAUGGCAAAGAGAACCAUUAUAACCCAGGACAGACCUUCAUGGUCCCAUGUGGCCAUGCCUACAGCCUCCACAAUCUGACCCAGGAACCCGCUGCUCUACACUUCACCAGGAUGCUGGCAGAGAGCUCAGAGUGAGGCCUGGAGACCACAGCCAGGGGCUCAGUACAAUAGUGACAGGUCAGAGUAGUGAAGGAUCCUUACAGACGACCACCAGGUACCUCAACUUAGGAGUGACUGAGACCGGCAGAGACAACAAGCUAGAGAGGCCCUCCUCACCCACCUCAAUGACAUUCCCAAGGACUUAACAGGAAAUGACCAGCCAGUGAUUUAAAUGGAAAAGUUAGAAAGAUUAAAAGUGUACAGAUGGCUCCGUUGUAAGUGCUUGUUAUUGUCUUAUUGUCACAGUAACAUUUGUAAAUAUCAAUACUUUUGUUUCUAUGGUUUCUUGUGCCCCCCUACUGUGUACAUUUAAUGUGACCAAUGAAAUAACUUGUAAAGGCUUCUGGGUAUUUUUAUUGGAAUAUUUAUCUUCUGUCAACUGUUGCAAACACAUGGUAUGUAAAAAAUAAAAAGUAAUUCAGUC